GGCUCGCGUUUCCGGCCGGCGGGAUCUAAGCCCUGCACUGCGCGCGCAGAGACCGCGCCGGCGGACUGGGGUCGCUAUGGCAACGCAGCGGCCGGGGAGGCUGCUCCGGACAGGCGAGCCCGUCGCUGCAAUGCCGCCGCCUUCAGGGCAGGCCCUCACCGAGCUGCUGGUCCGCAACGAGGAAGAGUGGAGGGCGCUGCUGGCCCACCGCUCCCAGCUGCAGGAGGCGGCCCUGCAGGACGCGCGCGGCCGGCUGGAGGAGGCGCAGGGGCAGCUGCGGCGCCUGCGGGAGGACUUCGUCUACAACCUGCAGGUGCUGGAGGAGCGGGACCGCGAGCUGGAGCGCUACGAGGCAGCAUUCGGCCUUGUCCGGGGGCAGGAGGAGGCCCAGCAGGCCGCGGUGAGCGAGCUCAAGAUCGAGGUGGCCAAGCUGAAGCAGGCGCUCGCCAGCGAGGCUGGGCAGCGGGAGGACCUGCAGCAGCUGUACCAGCGGCAGGUACGGCUGCACCGCCUGGAGCUGGAGCGGGUCCGCAGUGACAAGAAUGGCGAGGUUGGCCAGCAGCGGGGACAGUACGAGGCCCUGAAACGGAAGCUGGAGAGGAAGCUCCGGGAGCUCGACGGGGACCUGGCUCUGCAGAGGCAGGAGCUGCUGCUGGAGUUUAAAUCUGAAAUGAGGAAGAGGGAGCAUGAGUUCCGCCUGCAGGCUGACAGCAUGAGUAGCGUGGCCUUGGCACAGGAGCUAAAGGUUAAACUACUGAACAAAGAGCUCAUGGCUCUGGAGGAAGCCGGCGCGAAGGCUGCGGAGUCACUACAGCGUGCUGAGACGGUGAACUUGGAACUGGAGCAGAAGCUGCAGCACCAGGCCUGGGAGGUCAGGGACCUGGCCGCCGUGAAGGACGCCCGGAUAAAAGACUUGGAGUGUAAGCUGCACUCCGUGCAGCUCUCCUGGAAGAAGGAAGAGGAAACGUUUAGGAGGAAGCACGAGGAGCUUGACCGCGUGGCCAGGGAACGGGAGGCAGUGCUGGCGGCAGUGAAGGGCGCCCAUGUGGAGCAGCUGCAGGCGCUGGAGGCCAGGGCUCUGGAGCUGCAGGCGCAGUGUGAGGCCCUUGAGCUGCAGCUUCGCAGGACGCAGUGGAGGCAAGGGGACGCCCUGAAGGAGAAGGACGCUGUCAUCUGCAAACUUCAGGAAGAUGCGUCGACUCUAAAAUCCAGCUGGGAUGCCCAGAUCGCUCGACUCUCCAAGGAGAUGGUCUCCAAAGACCUUCAGAUUCAGUCUCUGCAGGAAGAAGAGGUGACGCUCAAGGCACAGCUGGCCAGAUGCCAGCAGGACAUUGGAAGGUAUCAACAGCAGCUGUCCCUGGCAGUGGAGAGGGAGCAGACCCUGGGGCGCGAGAAGGUGCAGCUGGGCCUGGACUGGCAGCGCCGCUGUGACAGCAUCGAGCAGGGCCACUGCCAGAGGUCCGAGGACCUGAUCCAGGGGCUGAUCACAGCGAGAGAGCAGGUUGCUGCCAAGCUCCAGAAGACAGAGCAGAUGCUGUGUGACCAGGAGGUGGUGCUGAAGGCCUUGACCCUGGAGAGAGACCAGGCCGUACAGGCCCUGAGGACACGAGGGCUAGUCCCCAAGGAGGAGGUGCAGCUGCUCCUAAGGCGUCAAGAAGACAUGACUGCAAGGUCUCCAUCUAGUGAGGUCCAGAGGCUGCAAGAGCAGAAUGCGAACCUGCGGGAGGCCGUAGCGCAGAUGCGGGAGGAGAUGGAGACCCUGAGCGAUCGGCUCCUUCCUUCUGCCCUGUUAGGAGGAGAGGCUGCAGACAGCGGCCAGCCUGACCCCAAGGUGGCAGCACAUGCUGCCAUUCCUGAUUAUGUUCUGGUCCUUGAAGCAGAAAUACUAAAUCUAAAGGAUAAAUUUAAAACCCUGGAAGAACAACUGGAAGUUGUGUCAGGUCCCUCGAAGAGGUCCUCGUCUCACACUGAUAUUCAGCCCCGUUUUCCUCCCACAAUGGAAGCCGCAGGAGGAGCUGCGUCAGAGGGCAGCAUGUCCAUGGGCUCAGCGCUCAGGAGGCUUGGAGACAGGGUGCAUCUCCUCAACUUCCUGGUGGCCCGGCUCAGACAGCAGGUGCAGCAGGAGCCCCUGGACGUAGACGCCAUCCAGCGUGAGCUGCCCCACCAGGCAGACCAGGUGCAUCUGGAGGUUCUGGAGCUGCAGAGGCAGGUGGCCGAGCUGGAGAAGCGUCUUGGGACAAGGGCCUCGAGCAGGCGGCAGCUGGGCGGUCUGGACGCCGGGGCCCCCAGGAGACAGGACCCCACAGUUGAAGGACACGUGGAGACCAGGGACCGGACGGCACAGGCCCCAGAUGCCGUGUCUGUGCACCAACUCCAGAGGAAGCUAAAGGAGGCGGCCCGAAAAGUCCUCCACCUCGGCCUUGAGAAGGAGCAGCUCCUGGAGAUGGGGAACAGGCUGCGUGCGGAGCGGGGCCGCCCCCCAGGGAAACCGCCUCAUCACCCCCUUCCCACCCGGGAGGCCCAGGACCCAGGUGAGGUGCCUGACGCACCUCUGGGACAGCUGCAGCCCCAUUUCACAGCCCAGAAAGAGAAAUCAGGAAAACAAUUCCAUUCACAAUUGCCUCAAAAAGAAUAAAAUACCUAGGAAUAAACCUAACCAAGAAAGCGAAAGACCUCUACCCUGAAAACUACAAGACACUCAUGAGAGAAAUUAAAGAAGACACCAAUAAAUGGAAACACAUCCCAUGCUCAUGGAUAGGAAAAACUAAUAUUGUCAAAAUGGCCAUCCUGCCGAAAGCAAUCUACAGAUUCAAUGCAAUCCCUAUCAAAAUACCAACAGCAUUCUUCAACAAACUAGAGCAAAUAGGUCUGAAAUUCUUAUGGAACCUCAAAAGACCCUGAAUAGCCAAAGCAAUCCUGAGAUAGAAGAAUAAAGCUGGGGGAAUUAUGCUCCCCGAUUUCAAGCUCUACUACAAAGCCACAGUAAUCAAGACAAUUUGGUACUGGCACAAGAACAGACCCAUAGAUCAACGGAACAGCCUAGAGAGCCCAGAUAUAAACCCAAGCAUAUAUGGUCAAUUUAUAUACGAUAAAGGACCAUGGACAUACAAUGGGGGAAAUGACAGCCUCUUCAACAGCUGGUGUUGGCAAAACUGGACAGCUACAUGUAAGAGAAUGAAACUGGAUCAUUGUCUAACCCCAUAUACAAAGUAAACCCAAAAUAGAUCAAAGACCUGAAUGUAAGUCAUGAAACCAUAAAACUCUUAGAAGAAAACAUAGGCAAAAAUCUCUUGAAUAUAAACAUGAGCAACUUUUUCCUGAACGCAUCUCAUUAGGCAAGGGAAACAAAAUAAAAAAUGAACAAAUGGGACUACAUUAUGCUAAAAAGCUUCUGUACAGCAAAGUACACGAUAAGCAGAAUAAAAGGCAUCCUACAGUAUGGGAGAACAUAUUUGUAAAUGACAUAUCUGACAAGGGGUUAACAUCCAAAAUAUAUAAUAAACUCACAUGCCUCAACACCCAAAAAGCAAAUAACCCUAUUAAAAAAUGGGCAGAGGAUAUGAACAGACACUUCACCAAAGAAAAAAUUCAGAUGGCCAACAGGCACAUGAAAAGAUGCUCCACAUUGCUUAUUAUCAGGGAAAUGCAAAUUAAAACCACAAUGAGAUAUCAUCUCACACCCGUUAGGAUGGCCAACAUAGAAAAGACUAGGAACAACAAAUGCUGAUAAGGAUGCGGAGAGAGGGGAACCCUCCUACACUGCUGGUGGGAGUGUAAGCUAGUUCAACCAUUGUGGAAAGCAGUACGGAGGUUCCUCAAAAAACUAAAAAUAGAAAUACCGUUUGACCCAGGAAUUCCACUUCUAGGAAUUAACCCAAAGAAAACAACUUCUCAGAUUCAAAAAGACACAUGCACCCCUAUGUUUAUCGCAGCACUAUUUACAAUAGCCAAGAAAUGGAAGCAACCUAAGUGUCCAUCAGUAGAUGAAUGGGUAAAGAAGAAGUGGUACAUUUACACAAUGGAAUACUAUUCAGCCAUAAGAAAGAAACAAAUCCUACCAUUUGCAACAACAUGGAUGGAGCCAGAGGGUAUUAGCUCGGUGAAAAAAGUCAGGCAGAGAAAGACAAAUGCCAAAUGAUUUCCCUCAUUUGUGGAGCAUAACAACAAAGCAAAACUGAAGGGACAAAACAGCAGCAGAAUCACAGAACCCGAGAAUGAACUAGUGGUUACCAAAGGGGAG